CGCUAGCAACAUUAUUUGCUUUUGUUGUCCCGAAAGAAAAAUGGCUGACUAGCUGAACGUCAAAACUUCGACGAAUAGUGCUUACGAUAGAAACGAGCAAAUUUAGUAUAAAAUUUGCCAAAUAUACGAAAGUUUCGUGAUAGUGGAGUAUUGUGGUGCCAAAAAACAAGUGUUUCGUGCUAACAAAUAGUUGACUAUUGUGUUAAAAAGCGUUCGAAACUGCAAGGAUUGACGAUAAUAACGUCAAUGCACCAUGUGAGCGUCGCACUAGUGCGGGCCGCGGCGGCAUGUGGGCUCCCGCCGCGGCCGGCGCGGGCGCCGCGCUCGCCGCGCUGCUGGCGCUGCUGGCUCUGCGUGCGUGCCGACACACCAAGCGGCACAAGCAAGUGCACGUAGUCCGCCUCGCGCCCCGCCCGCCCCGCGCCGCGACCUCCCACGCGCACCCGCACCUCUACCCCGCGCCUCCCCCUCCCCCUCCCCCUCCCCCGCACCCUCCCCCUCCCCCACCCCGCGCCGAGGCCCGCCCGCUCCACGCGCCGGCCGACGACGACAAGGCUCCCCCUCCACAAAUAGUCAUAGUCCCCAACACCUCCCAGGACCAAAUCCCCGGUCCCUCCGAGCCCUACAGGGGCCCCAAGAUACCCCUUCCUGAACAGUGGCUCAUAAAGAAACCUUUCGACUACAAAUACUCGAACAUCCCCCGACCCCUAGUCCAGAUCGAGUCGGAUUUGGGAAGCGAGUUGACGCAAGAAUCUCGAGCGAAGAAAUAUAGCGCGACGCGCUCGCCUUCGCUCGAAAAAGACGAGAAAAGUCCGUUCUUAACGAGGGGACCCGACGAGGUGUUCGGAUUUGACGCGGAAGUCGUUAAAAAAAUUAACGAAACUGAGGUCGAGAUAGACGUAGAUAUGGAUAAGCCUGUCACUCCUAAAGAGGAGAGGAGCGAUAUGUCACCGAGUAAUUUACGCCGCUUUAGGUCCGUCAGCACGAGACUGAAUAUAUGCAGUGUCAACGAAACCCCUCAUCUAGAAGGACAGCAGGAGAGACUAGAAAUGCAGAACUCCCCGAGAGUUCUCGACUGCUCCGCGAAAGAUAAGUCAAAAUUCGACUUCUCGCCCAAACUUUUAGCUGACAGCAUGACCUCUCCUAGAUUCUUCACGCCUCCCGAAGCGGUCUCGCCUAUGUUCUUCGCCGAACCUUCGCCUAAAUCUGUCUACUACGACACCGUUAGGUCUCCUAAAUUCUUCCCCGAAACGCCUAAAGAGGCCGAUGUUCCACAGUCACCCAGGACUCUUGGGGAUCAUUUAAAUAGAAAUGCUCCAGAGAAACCUAGCUCACCUAGAGUGUUGAGCGCGAGACCUAGCCCUAAAAUCCAUAGCUGCAACAAGGAGAAUUAUUUCACAUUCGACGCAGCCUUGCUGGAAGAGGGUGCUGCUAGAAUGUCUCCAAGACCUAGACGAUAUGGCGGGAGAAACUCUUUAGAAAAGGAAAGAUAUACUCCUCCAGCGGACAAAGAAGCCAGGCGAUAUCGCAGACACAAUAGUUGCGAUACAAACUACAAAAAUAUAGAACUUAAUAUAUCAAAAUGCGAGGAAACUGAAGAGGUUAAUAAAGAUGUAGUAGAUUGCUGUGCCAAAAUGGAAACAUUAGAAAUAGAAACGAAAGAAGAGCGAAACGAAUUGACCCCUAAUCCGAACACCGCGCAAGCCAGACGACAGAGACUUAAAUCGAUAUCUCUAGACUCCGACAACGCUAAGAUUAUUGAACAGAAUCUUGGCCUGCCCAUAGCUAAACAGAUGAAAGACCAAAUGAAUGAAGCUUAUAAGAAUGAUGUGAGCGCCUCAUGUGAAAGCAUGGAAAGGCAUCUCAAAACACCGCCGUCAGAUCAACCUGUGUUUAAAUUUGAGGAAGAACCAGUAAAGGAUAAAACCUCAGAAGAGGACGAACCGAAGAGUCCUGACUUAAAGAAGAAAACUUUACGCCAAAGCUCAGAUACACAAUCCUUUUUAGAUAUGCCCAGAUUUUCGCCAAAGGAAUUCGAAAUUACAAUUACUACGGAAGAAGGUUCGACAUCACCAGCAGAAACUCAAACGAAACGAAAAGGAAAGAACUUAAGAAAUCUAACAAUCGAUCUGACCAAACGGGAUAGCGAUUUGGAAAAAGAGCUAUUAGAAUUCGAAAAGUUAUACACUAACGCUGAAGAAAAGAAGGUGAAAACGCCUACUCUGAAAGUGAAAGCGACUUCUUUAGAUUCCUCUGAAUCUGUAAAUUUAUCGUUGCCACAGAAGAAAACUUUGGACGUCCCGCAGAAUUCUAUAUCAGUACCUAACACGCCGAAACGACAGUUGAUAAGGAUUUUAGCCCAGAAGAACAUAAAACUUGAGUCAGGGUCUAAAAGCGCGGAGCAACGCCGGCUUUACAUGAAAGGCCAAGACAGUGGCAUCUUUUUGCGUGAACACCAUGCGAAUCUGAUGCUAUACCAGCCCGGCCUGUCUCGAAGAACUAUGGGCUCUUUUGACGAAAACAUGUCAGACUUCGCCGAAAACCCGCCAGAAAUCAAUGUGUCAGGACCGAGCUAUCACCAGGAAUCCGGACAAACUUUAGGCUCAAACCUUCUCAACUAUAAGCAGAACCUAAGCGUAUCGAGCACUAAUUUAAAAACAUUGCCCGAAGGCGUCACUUCUGACGAUUUCGAACCAAGUGAGGAGGAUGAAAAAUUAGCCAAGAAACUUCAUAGAAGGAACUCUAACCAGAGUUUGAUGCUCAGUACGCAUAGCUUGCAGAGUUCAAACUGUUCUUUAAAUAGCUCCGGAGCUUCAUGCCAUAACUUAACGACUGUUAGAACAAGCAUGUCGAAUUUCAGCUUGACCUCAGAUAGCAGAAAGAAACUGUCUUUAGAUCGGAGAGAUUCAAAUACUUCAAUAAAUGCGGAACAUCUCACACCAACUACUAGAGUAAUCUGCUCAUCAAAUACCAAUGUGUCUGGAGAAUCCAAGAACUGCUUAUUACAACGAAGGGGCUCCAACAACAGCCUAACUUUAAAUAUAUUGCCAAAUAACUCUUUAAGCAGACAUUCUAGCAACAGUUCUUUAAAUAAAGACGCGAAACUAGGCCAAAAGAAAGGGCUCCUUGAACGGAGAAGCUCAAAUACUUCGCUUACUUUAAACAUUAACAACUCAAACCCCCAGUUAUCCGUGAACCGGAGCCUUAGUAUAUCUAACUAUAAUCUCAACGGCUCCACAUGCAAUUUGAGCCGGUAUAACAGUAACCAAAGCAUUGAUAACCCUCCAGAGAAAAAGGGAAUUUUAGAAAGAAGAAGUUCAAAUACGUCUUUGACUUUAAAUAUCCAGCCGCAAGAACCAAGAGACAUAGAAAUUGAUGAGCGUCUUAUAGAUAGUAAUCUAAAGGAGCUCCCACAUAGAGAUAAACAUAGAAAAUCUCUUAGCACGGAAAACUUAAUACCAAUGUCUUAUAAAACACGCAUGCGGCGAACUGGAGAGAACAAAUGCGUUGGAUUCGGUUCACAUGACAAUCUAUGGUCAAACUCUUAUAGCACUGAUGAAUGCCCUCAAAAUUUAACAUAUGUCUGUGGAGACCAAGAAAACGAGAUUAUAUACGCUUUCGGCAGACAGGAGGAUCCAAAUUUCCAGCAAGGAUUCGUUAGAAACAUCACAACUAAACCUUUAAGUCCACAGAGUACGUCUGAAGACUUUAGACUUUAUUUGGCAAAUAUGCAGCAUCUACAAAACGCGUCGAGCGUAUUAACCAGACAACAAUUAAGAGAUUUAAAUGAUGUAUUUCAGAACGGUUAUUCGAAAGUUAAAUGCCAUAGUACGAUAGAAGGGCAGCAUUGCUGUUCUAAUAAAGUUGAUGCCGAUUUGACAAAGGAAAACCCUCAGAUGUUGAUACCUGACGUAUCGCAUCCCUGUUCGGAAUAUCAGAAAACUUUACUAAGGAAUUUACAUCAGGAGUUUUGGGACAUGCCGACAAACUUUCAGGAGAAGCCUAUAGUUUCUGGGUCUCAUCCGAAGAAUAGAUAUAAGACUAUUUUGCCGAAUGAACAUUCGAGGUUCAUACUGAAAUCUGAUGCGGCGAUGGCUGGCGAGGGAUACAUUAAUGCUAAUUUUAUUAAGGGGCAUGAAUACACCAAGAACUGCUACAUCGCCACCCAAGGCCCUCUCCAGAACACGGUCUACGAUUUCUGGAAGAUGGUGCAUCAGAACAGCUCCCAUAAUACCUCCCAAGGCAUCCAAAAAGUGGUCAUGCUCACAAACUUCAUAGAAAACAAUCGACAGAAGUGCGAAAAAUACUUCCCGCUAGAAAUAAACGAAGAAAUGGUAUUCGAAUGUCCAGAUUCAGAAGUGGGAUCGAGUUUCAAAAUCAAAAAUACAGGUCUUAUCAAAAAGCCUGGUUAUACUAUUAGGAACUUAAAUGUGUGUUGUGAAAAUGAAUCAGUGACGGUGUACCAUUAUUGGUUCCACAAUUGGGCGGACCAUAAGUGCCCUAAAGAUGUGAACGCGCUUUUAAAUUUAAGUUUAGACGUUUUAAAAGAAACUACGUACAAUUUUGAUGAUAGUGAUUUGUGUCAGUGUGUGAGUCCGAAGAAGGAUUCUAAGUUUGUGUUUCCGCCUUCGGAUGACUCUGUGGAUGUGAGUGUAAGUGUAUCGACUCCUAUAGACUUUAGUAAAGAAAAUAUGUCACCGGCAACCAUAAUUCACUGUUCAGCAGGCAUUGGUCGUACGGGGUGUCUUAUAGCUAUCCUGAACGGGAUAAAACAACUAAGUAUAGAACAGAAGGUAGAUGUGCUGGGUAUAGUUUGCAAUAUGAGGUUGAAUCGAGGUGGUAUGGUCCAGAAUUCUGAACAAUAUGAGCUCAUACAUAAAGUACUAUGCGUUUUUGAACAGACAUGCUUACCAAGCUUAUAGCUGGAGAUUUUAUAGUUGAAUGUAAGCAACGAUUGGAUGUUUCAUGAUUUGUCUAGACUUUGUCAUAAUGAACUAAGAGUUGUUGUGAAAUGGAUUAUUGCUGUUACACGCGAAUAUAUCUUAACGGACGAACCGCUCAAAAAGAACUAUACAUGUCCUAUUUGGGGUUUGUCUACAAAAAGUAAAUGUUCCCAAAAGUCACGCUGCUUUUGAUUAGCCAAAUAGGCAAAACGAUGUACAAAACGCAAAGUACCCUCAAAACUAGUACUUUUUUAAAAUAAAUAUACCAGUGAAGUCACUGUUGAAAAUAGCUUACAAUUUCACAGUAAACUAAACCUUAUUACUGAUGCAUUAAGGUUGAAUAUAUACAGAGUUGUUAGAAGUAUAAGCCGUUUUGGAGAGAGACUUCUCAGAGCAUACUUUUUGUCAUAAAAAUAUUCGUUUCAGCUUCUUAGUCCAGUCAAUGAGGCUGUUGGAAUUUCAAAUCAAUUUUCAAUAUUAUUGCGCGAGAUAGCAAGUACACUGCCAAUAAAAUAUUUUACUUAAUGAAUUUAAUUAGUAUUUUUUAAAUUAUAAAAUAUACCUAUAACUAUCAAAAUCCCAUUUAAUGUUCUUACAUACCUAACAUCUUUUAAUACAAAAAAAAAACUCAAAAUAUAACCUAACCUAUCAUCACCUACCUACCAUCUUAAAAUACCUACCAUCAUCUUAAAAUAUAACCUAACAUAAUUAUAAUGGUUUGUUGAAUUUUUUAAAAUGAUGAGAGGUUAAAAAAGUGCUAAUAUUGUGGUUACAACCAUUCAUGAGCGGUUAGGGCGAACUACAAAAAUUGUACGUAAUUAAGCGUCGUUUAGGACUUUUGUGUUCCAUUGUGUUACGAAAAUUAACCAUGUAAAUUGUAUUGAGUUUGUUAUACUUAAUUCACACAAGAAACUAAUAGUAAUUUGUGGUUAUUAAACUAAUUAUGUGCAUACAGUAUAAUUAAUUUAAUGAGUUAGAAUAGCAUGGAAAGUAUAAUUAUAGGAGAUUUUUUUAAAUCCCACACCUUCAUUGACUGGACUUAUUUGAGGAACUCAAGGGAAAAUAGUGCUUAUUUAUAUGGGAUAAGACUCAUUUUCCUACCACUUACAUCAUCAGUUAAUGGUUAAACAGUCAUUGGAAUACAAUGAAGGUGAUUGCAUUCUCAUUGUCAAUGUACUGGGUAUGUUCAUGUUUUUUUUUACGAUGCUUGUAGAUAAAGGAAAAGUCGAAACACCGGCCAAGUGCGAGUCGGAGUCGCGCACGAAGGGUUCCGUGCCGUUACGCAAAAAACGGCAAAAAAAUCACGUUGUAUAGGAUACUUAAAUAUUUAUGUUAUUCUGUUUUUAGUAUUUGUUGUUAUAGUGGCAACAGAAAUACAGCAUCUGUGAGAAUUUCAACUGUCUAGCUAUCACGGUUCUUGAGAUACAGCCUGGUGACAGACAGUGUAGUCUUAGUACUAGGGUCCCGUUUUUACGAUCGUUUUUGAGACUAGAUCACGUAACUCGUUGGUUUUUAACUCCCGACGCAAAAAGAGGGGUGAUAUGUUUGACGUCAAUAUCUGACUGCGUAGGGUUUUUUUUUUAUUUAAAUGGAUUUGGACAGAUUUGACACUGGUAUAACGGUUUAACCGGUUAACCCCGGGUUAGUGGGAUGGUGCGAGUGGCGCUAAGUGGCAUAAGUAGUCUGCAGUCAAGCAAAAAAAAACAUCGUAUUAAAUGUGCGCAUUACGGAACCCUUGGCGCGCGAGCUCGACUCGCACUUGGCCGGUUUUCGUGAAUAACCUCCAUUGACGCAAUCGGCGGUAAACAUGGCAUCCUCAAGUUGGCCGUAGUCGGGUAAACAAGCGGUUACUGUUUGCUUCUACUUUAUGAGUUUAUGACGAUGUAUUUGCUGGACAAUUUAUUCAAGUGUCACAGUGAAAAUAUGCAGUCAAAUGACCAUUUUUAUAGGUUGUUUUUAAAAAAAUGAUAAGUUCAUUCAAUUUGAAACCAAUCGUAAUUUGGAAAGUGAGUUUAUUUAUUUAUACUUUAUUGCACAAAAGAAAAAGUGUACAAAAGGCUAACUUAAUGCCAUGAGGCGUUCUCUACCAGUCGAACUUAGGGCAAAGCAGAAAAGAUUGUAGGCGGAUCAGAAAUAAUUUGGAACUCUUAGGUAGUGUAUAAAAGUUCAGUGUAUACUGUGGAAUAUGUACAAAAAAUUGUAUGCUUUAAGUAUGCCCAGGGCCACAUGCACCAUCCCACUAACCCGGGGUUAAGCGGUAAACCAUGGUAAUUCCAGGUUUAACCGGUCAACCCCGGGUUUGUGAAUUAAUGAAAGAAAGAAAAUACAUUUAUUUACGCCAAACCAGUUAAAUUACAAACAAGACAUACUCGUAGAUCAGUACGGAUAUGAUGGUCGUUCUUGUCUACGUGACAGCGUGAUAAAACAGUGUCCGUCACUUUCUAUCCCACAGUGUUAAAAAGUGACAGUUAUUUUAUCACGUGGAUAAAGAUGGAUAAAGCCAUCCAUAAUACGCCGGCUGAUGGACGUUAAAAAGAACCCCCCACUCAGCGUAAUGCUAAGCCACAGCCACAGCCACAGCGCUGAUUUGGCAAUGUUGCAAGUGGCCCUUCUUAGCGCCACUUGCACCAUCCCACUAACCCGGGGUUAAGCGGUUUAACCGUCAACCCAGUUUCAAAUUGUACUAAUAACCAUGGUAACUCCAGGUUUAAUCGGUUAACCCCGGGUUAGUGGGAUCGUGCAAGUGGCCCUUAGGAGGAUAAAUCUGCAAAACUAAACUAAACUCUCAGGUUAAAGUACUGUUCUAAAACGUUAACUACGCCGCUGUCCCACUCCAUGGAGCUCGAGCGAACUGUUUAUUUGCCUCCACCUUAGCGUUACGCGAAUUCCAAGGACCGAACAUUAACACUAACUGUAUGUAUAUGCACAUACAUUACAUAGGUACAUGUAAACACUUAUAACACUUCAAAAUCUCGCGUUUUGUGCACGAACAUAUACAAAGUGUUAAUUAUACGAACGGUGGCGUAAUAAUUUCAUUGUUUUUACCUUUAAUUCCGACGUUUCAGCUGAGUUGCACCAGCUGUGGUCACGGAAAGACCAUACGAGUGAAUUGCCAAAAAUUUUUACAUAGUUAAGCACCUGUAAUUAGUCUAAAGUUAAUUGCUUCCAUUGUGUUACCACAGUAAAGCCAUUUCUACUUAAGUUAGAUGCAUUAAAGUGUGUUAGCGUAUGCUAUAGACUUAUAUGUGUACGAAUUAAGUACAAUAAAUACAAUACUAUAGUUAAUUUUCGUAACACAAAUGAUUCAAUUAAGUUAAGACUAAUCACAGCUUCUUAACUGCGCUUAAUUACGUAAACAUUUUUUGCAAUUCACUCAUACCACCACCACAGCUGGUACAAAUCGGCUGAAACGUCGGGAUUUAAGGUAAAAAUAACCGUCAAAAACAUUACAUGUAAAAAGAUGUCUCGCAACGCAAUUCUUCUACUAUAAAAAAGUUUUGAGAUGUAAUGUGAAAAGUCGGUUAUUUUAGUCAGUGCCAGGGGGUUUUAAAUCCGUAUCAAUAUUAGAUAUGUUUAAUGUU